AUGGAGGGACUGGUCCUGUUCAAUGCGCUGGUCACCCGGCUGCUGUUCUUACUGCACUCGCUGGUUGGGGUCUGGAGAGUGGCCAAGGUAUAUGAGGAGCCGAGGUACUGGCUGCUUGCGAUGCUCACCCUCUUGCUCUUUCUGGAGACUGCGCUCACCCUCAAGUUCAAGCGCGGCAGAGGCUACAAAUGGUUUUCACCAGCCAUAUUUGUAUAUCUAAUUAAUAUCGUUCCAUCAUUAUGGAUUCUUGAAGUGCACCAUGGGACCCAGUCUUGUAGUAGCCAGUCAGAAGGAAUGUCACAGAAUACCAGCAGCAAAGAAGACGUCAAUCAAACUCUGAUGUUAAAUGAACAAACCCAUGGAGGAGAUGAUCUCUUCGAGGCGGCCAGAGUUUUUAUACAUAACUUAUCUGAAGUAUGUGAGAAAGAUUGGACUUUGGCCCUCCAUCAGACACUCUUAUUAAUGCUAAUAAUUGGAAGAUGGCUUCUACCUAUUGGAGGCACAAUCACUCGGCACCAACUCUCUGAACUUCUCCUUAUGUUUGUGGGGACAGCUGCUGACAUACUGGAAUUCACAAGUGAGACCUUGAAAGAAAAAAAUGUGAGGAAUAACUUUGUCCUAGUCUGUGCUAUCCUUUUCAUAUGGACCUGGGGCCUGCUGCAGUUUCCACUUGACCUGGCAGUACAGCAUGAAGUGUGUCCCUCAUCUUUGAGAGCGAGGGGGUUCCCCACCCAGUUCUUCUGCCAAUACAGUGCCGAUCUGUGGAACAUUGGAAUCACUGUCUUCAUACAAGAUGGUCCUUUCCUUAUCGUGCGCCUCAUAUUGAUGAUCUAUUUCAACGUGACCAACCAGAUGCUGGUGUUCUUUGCUGUGAAGAAUUUCCUUGUGGUGAUGUUACACCUCUACCGCUUGGUUGUUUUGGUCUUGGUUGCCCGUGCCUCUUUGCAAAGCCAGCCACAAGUCCUACGAGGAGAACACAGUGGCCCCAUUGAUGCAGCUGAGAGUGGGGUCUCACCUGGGGACUGGGAGAGAGGUUCCAAGGAGGGCGUGGUUGUGCCUUUGCGGGGCUCGCCAGUCACCUCUGAUGACUCUUACCCCACACCAUAGUUAUUUAUUGACAGCAGCAUGCAAGUGAAUUAUUUGACUUUCCAGUCCUUCUUACAAACAGAAUCUCCCUCUUUCUAUUUCAAAAAAUCUUGUCU